AUGCUGCUGAACAGAAAACGAGCAGCAGCUUAUACCACUGCUGCAGUAGAAGCAGCAGCAGCAGCAGCAGCAAGAACAGCUGCAGAAGCAGCAGCAGCAGCAGCUACUGCAGCAGUCGCAGCAACCCCUGCAGCAGCAGCAGCAACAUCAGCAGCAGCAGCAGCAGCAGCAGCAACAGAAGAUGGCUCCCUGCUAGAGCGCAGCAGCAAUGUAAAAGGCAGCAGCAGCAGCAGCAACAGCAGCAGCAGCAGCAGCAGCAACAGCAGCAGCAGCAACGGCUACGUCUACCGGGCUGCGGCGUUGCAGGAGUCGCACCUGCAGCAGCAGCAGCAACAGCAGCAGAAGCAGCAGCACCAGCAGGAGCAUCAGCAGCAACUGCAGCAGCAACAGCAGCGCAAUCAACAGCAGCAGCACCAACAGGAGUAG